AUGAACCAGCCUGUUGCACAGAUCCUACUCACGAGGAAUGAUAUCGCCGAUCGAUCUCAGUUUCUCAAUGCUCAGAACACGUUGGCGGAAACCCUUUCAUAUGGUGUCAUUCCUAUCGUCAACGAGAACGACACGCUCGCUGUUUCCGAGAUCAAAUUUGGCGACAACGAUACCCUCUCAGCCAUCACUGCUGCAAUGGUACAUGCCGACUAUCUCUUCCUCAUGACCGAUGUUGAAGCUCUCUAUGAACGGAAUCCUCGAAAGUUCCCGGAUGCCCAGCCGAUUUUAGUGGUUGAUGACAUCGAUUCACUGACGGCAGAUGUCUCUUCUGCGGGCUCAGCAUUAGGAACAGGAGGCAUGGCGACGAAAAUCGUUGCCGCUCGACUGGCUACUGCAGCGGGCACCUCCACCAUCAUCACUAAAUCCUCCAAACCAGGGAAUAUUGCCGCUAUCAUCCGCCAUCUCCACCCGCAUAUAGACCCCGAUACAGGCAGCCCUGAACGACCAGCGGAGGCCCCUCUACACACACGGUUCGUUCCUUCUUCCAGCCCCAUCCGUAAUCGAGCGUUCUGGAUUCUGCACGGUCUAGCACCUCACGGGACCAUCUACAUCGACCGAGGGGCCUCGAACGCACUCAUCAACAAAGCCGGCCUCCUCCCCGUGGGCAUCGUCAACGUCGAAGGAAACUUUGCACAGCAAGAAGCUGUGCGGCUGGUUGUGGUCGACAAGCUCCCGCUUGGGUCUCUUUCACCCAUGGGCGACUCGACCUCGACGACCAUGCAGCUGGUGUCUCGCGGCGAGGAGAUUGGACGUGCCCUGGUGAACUAUUCAUCUGGAGAAGUCGCACGCAUCAAAGGCCUACGGAGUUCGGAGAUUAUGGGGGUCCUGGGAUAUGCGGACAGCGAGUAUGUCGCGUUCAGGGAAAAUGUCAGCUUGACCUUGCAGGACAAGAGCCGUCCUGAGACGCCCAGUGGGUUCAGGACGCCGACCAAAGAGAGGACGCCGGAUAGUAGUUGGGCGGAUCUGAGGAGCGGGCAUUGA